UUUCAGAGAGACUGCAGUUUUAAUUUUUACUCCAGCUCUAUCUGGUUUUUCUAGGCAGACAAAAACAACAAGGUGAGAUUCCACAGAGCAUGUGAUGUUGAUUUUCCAAGCCAAUGGUUGUGUGCUGGGGCACUUACCAAUCCUACCCCUGAACCGGGCACAGCUAGGCUGUGUUUACGACACGAGGAUGAAAUAAACAGCUGUCCUCGCUCAUCCAAAGUAAUUUGUACUUAGGCAGAAAACAUUCAAUUUCCUCGCAAACAGAAUGCCACUUCUGUGAUGCAGGCCCGCUUGAGGAGAACAUGAGUGUCUUUGUAGCUGAUAAGAGUAAAACCGCAACAGGGAAAGCAAGCAGAGACAUGCUGGACGACAGUGAGCAACAGGAGCGCUGUCUACAAACAAAGCUGCUCUUUGUACACUAUUUAUAGACUUUGUUCUUACUUAGGGUUAUUCGUUAUUGUAACAGAGCGAUUUCUCCGAGGCGGCUGGUACUCUCAGGACAGCUGAGGCGUAUGCUUCUGACAGCGGCUACCCAAAUCCACCGUGAAAUACAGCACAAGUGCUAUAAGGAGCUCAAUGUACUUCUUCAUGCCAGUGGACCCCUUUCUACUUUCAACGUAGUUGCAACACUGCCACAUCAGGUGGUGAUCUGACUCACGUCGCAUAUUUCAGCUGCAGGAGAGGCAAUGUCGAUCAGAGGAACGCUGCUUCUGUGGCUGGGGUGGGUGCUGAUGGCAUCGAGACAAGCAGCAAGUCAAUAUGGGCUGGACAUCGACCUGAGCAACAAGACACUACAACACAUUCCUCCUGAUUUCCCCUCGAACAUCACAAAGCUAACCCUGAGCUACAACCUCAUAAAUAUAUCUGAGGCCAACAUUGUGACGCUUAAGAACUACACCAAGCUGACGGAUCUUUACCUCGACAACAACAUAAUGACCAUUUUGCCUGGUCACACCUUCAACAGCCUCUCGAGGCUGAGGAUCCUCAGCGUCUCUGGCAACAAGAUCAGCAGAGUGGAACCCAGGGCUUUCGCAGGCCUGGGCAGGCUGAAGAAGCUGGACCUCUCCCAAAACGCAAUACGCUCACUACCCCCCGGAGUGUUCGCCAACCUAUCCAGCCUGGAGAGCCUUUCCCUGCAGGGCAACAGUCUGCAGUCUCUGGAGAGCGAUAUUGUCACUGAUCUUGUAAAGCUCAAACACAUUGACUUGAUGGACAAUCCUUGGAACUGCUCUUACGCCUUUCUGCAACUAAUAAAAAACUGGAGAGUGCAGAUAAGUGAAGGGGCCAGAUGUGCAAACCCAACAGACCAAGCUGGCAAAAGCAUCCUGGACAAAAGCAAGAGUUCUCCUGGGUCUACCACAACAGAACCACCCCAAAACAACAAACCCAGCUCACCCCAGACAAUACACAUGACCACUCCUGGACACAUCAGCAGCAAUAACUCCUUAGAAAAAGCAGCUCCCGACGCAGGUGACGCCCCGCCGGCGGGCCACAUGUGGAAGUUCCUGGCGGGCGUGGUGGUGACGGCCCUGACCACGGCCCUGCUCAUCGUCUGCGCCGUCAAGUCGCCCUCCUGGCACAAGCUGCUCUUCAACUACCGGCACCAGCGGCUGUGCGAGGAGGAGCCCAGCGUCUUCGCCACCGGCCGCUACUCCAACUUCAGCCUGGACACGGAGCAGACCGAGACCAGCGCCCACGAGCUGGACGCCCAGCUGGACGACGAGGACGGCUUCAUCGAGGACCGCUACAUCGAGACGGGGGACUACGGGGACGCCGCCGAGGCCUGACCGCCA